AUGACAACUCAGUCCCCCAACUAUAAAACAUGGACAAAAGAGCAAUAUCAUAUCUCAAUGGACCCAGCUUUGAUCCCAGCCCAAACCCUAAGCGUCUGGUUCGCAAGCGACGAAGUCUACUGGGCAAAACCAAUGCCCGAAGAAGCCAUGAGGGCAACACUCCAAAACUCCCUCUGUUUCGGUCUUUACCAUAAUACAAGUCCUCCAAAUCUCGAAUUCAUCGGAAUCGCAAGAUGCAUCACAGACUCCACGACAUUCAUCUACCUAACAGACGUCUUCAUCCUCCCAUCUUAUCAGGGUAGUGGACUGGGUAAAUGGCUGAUCAGCUGUGUACAAGAGGUUAUUGAGAGUAUGCCGUAUCUCAGGAGGUCCCUUCUUUUUACUGGUGAUUGGAAGCGUUCCGUGCCAUUCUAUGAGAGGAUGAUGGGGGUUGAUGUUGUUGAGUGUCGGCCGCCUGUUAAUGGGACGGAGGGGGUUGGGUUGGCCGUUAUGAUGCGGAAGUUUGGGGGACAUCCAGAUUUUGUGGAUGAUUCUAAGAGUCAAUCUCAAGGCGAACUGUACUGCAUUGGCCCGGAUCUAUAG